AUGUCUUGCUCUAGCCUGUGCUAUCCAGAAUGCGGGGUGGCCCGACCCAGUCCAGUUUCUGGCAGCUGCAACGAGCCGUGCGUUAGGCAGUGCCCUGACUCUGAAGUCAUCAUCACACCAUCACCGGUUGUUGUAACCAUCCCAGGACCAAUUCUCAGCAAUUUCCCUCAGCAGAGUGAAGUGGGAGCCGUUGGAGCACCUGUGGUCGGAGCAGGCUACGGGGGCUCAUUCGGUUUGGGGGGAUUGAACGGCUAUGGAGGCCAUUACGGAGGAUUGUAUGGUUAUGGGGGAUUAGGUGGUUACGGGGGCCAUUAUGGUUAUGGGGGAUUGAGUGGUUAUGGGGGAGGUUAUGGGGGAUUGUGUGGUUACGGGGGCCAUUAUGGUUACGGGGGAUUGAGUGGUUAUGGGGGCCGUUAUGGUGGACUGUGUGGUUACGGAGGAGGUUAUGGGGGAGGUUAUGGUUAUGGGGGAGCAUGCGGUUCCGGGGUAUCUUGCCAUAGGUACCUGAGUGGAAGCUGUACACCAUGUUAAACCCUGCAGGAAUAUCAAUGGUAAAAGAAAAGACCAGGAAAUGAACAACAAGCUAGAGAUUCAGACAGAGAUUUCAGAAGUGCUGGGCAGGCAUGGCUCCACUUGAA